AUGGCUUUCAAAUUACCCAAACUACCAGGACCAUCAAAGUCAAAGCAUUAUGCUUUUGACAAGAACAUUACUGUUGUGAAAUGGGAAGAGUUAGAUGCUCUUCAUGUGAUUGGCAGAGGCCAAUUUGGUGAAGUUUCCAAGGUGACAUACCAAAAACAAGACAUUGUAAUGAAAAGACUACUCAGUGAACAAGAAGAAGAUAGGAGAUGUUACAUGAAGGAAGUGAACAUUAUGAGUCACUUGUCACAUCCCAAUCUUAUCGACAUAAAAGCAGUAUGCCCUGAGAAGUGUGCUAUUCUGAUGGAAUACAUGGCAUUUGACUUUGAAGUGUUAGGAACCAAGGAUGUUGUAUCUUCACUGUCAGAGUUUUUAAACCUUUUAGAUCGUACUGAUACAGUGGAUUAUUUUGACUUCUUUCCCUUGGUUGGACAAAAAGUGACUGAGGGAUUGAAAUAUCUUCAUGAGAAUGGCAUAGCUCACAGAGACCUCAAACCAGGCAACAUUUUGGUUUCAAACCAACACUACUGUCAUAGCCAUGACAAGCAGGAAAUUGAAUCCAUAUACAGAACAGAUCCAAUCCUCAUUAAACUGUGUGACUUUGGAGAGUCUCGCUCCAAAAUGUUUCACACAAAUACCAUUCUACAGACUCGCACCUUAGGACUUGGACGAGGUACUCCAGCAUUCAUGGCUCCAGAAAUAAGACUAGAUAGUGACAUGCUCCCUAUUGGAGCAACAAUGGAGGACUUGAUGAAAGCAGAUGUGUGGUCAUUGGGCAUGACCCUGUUUGCCAUCAUAAACCCAUCUCUGAAACAUCCAUAUGAGCAAAACUUGAAGGAAGCAACAGGUAAAAGGAAAUUGAGUUCUAUCCUACUAGAGAAUCCAAAGCCUGAUGUGAAAUACAAAGAGAAACAGGAGACAUCAUGGAGUUCCCUCCUUUCUGCCUACAAGAAAUGUGUGUUGACUCAGCCAAUCAGGAGGCCAGAUCUGGAGAGCGUAAUCCAGCAGUUACAAGUGAUUCCAAGGUAA